UAGCAGUCGCCAUCUUUAAAAGUAUCAAGUAAAAAAGCAUUUGAAAUUAGUUUUUGUCCUAAAAACUCUAUAAAAACACUUAUUUUUCAAAGAUUUCAAAAUGACCGAAUCAACUGAAGCUACAGGAACUCAAGAAGCUGGAUAUGAUUACAAAAGACUUCACAGUUUUCCAUUAAUAAGAUAUUCAGAUAUGAAUGAUGAAAUGCGAACAGAAGCUAUGGAGCUUUGUGUUACAGCCUGUGAAAAGUUUUCAUCUAAUAAUGAGACAGCUGCUAAGAUGAUCAAAGAAAGCAUGGACAAGAAGUUUGGAGCAUCAUGGCAUGCUAUAGUUGGUGAAGGCUAUGGGUUUGAAAUCACACACGAAGUGAAAAACUUAUUGUACAUGUUCUUUGGUGGUUCAAUGGCUGUUUGUGUGUGGAAAUGUUCAUAGUAGACUUGCACCAUAUACCACACCUUGAGUAUUGAUAUUGGCUAUUGUCCAUGUUGAGCAUGGAAACUUUGAUAUUGACAGAGGAUUUUAGUUACCAAGGUGACUCAAGUUAUCUGGAUGUUUUGCUUUUGUUAAUCAAGAUAUUAACUAAGUUAGACAAGCUUUGUUCAAAGCAUUGAUUGACAGAAGCCAACGGAGUGACUUAACCUUUGAUAUUUUAAUGCAGUCUGGGUCAUAUGAUCAUGAAAAUGUGUACAGUGUCGUAAGAGUUGUUUGUAUGACUCUUCACAGUGUAGAUUUCAUAGAGGUUGAAAUCAUGGCAUAUGACAGUAUACACCUAUUUCAAUCAACAUUGUCAUCGCCAAAAGCAAUAGGCAAUAGGUCAUUCCGACAUUGAAAGUGUUUUGUUGAACACAAAGAACAUCUAAUCAGUCUCAGCAUGAAGGUCCAUGUUCUUGAUAAGAAUAAGAAUAAGAAGCAGAAACACAAGUCAUUCCAGCUAUUCUUGGAUCUUGAAAUGACCUAUCUCCUAUCACUUUUCAGCUAUCUCCUAUUGCCUAUUGCCUUUGGCAUGAAAAUGCUUUUUGAAACUGUAUACUGCGCAUCCAGUGAUAUGGCACAGAAUUACUACCAUCUAUAUUCAGAAGGCUUACUGUACUCAGAGUGCUGUCGCAAUCAUGACUUACUAUGUCCAUUUCAUGAAUUUUUCAGUUGCAAAAUCUGUCAUGUGUUCACAUGAAUCUGAUUAUUUGGCAAUGCAUAAUUUGUAAAUAAUUUGAAAAUGAUUUCCUACUGAUUCAGUUUGAUGUAUUCACAUGGUUUUAGCAUUCUCAAGGGAAUGAAAAAACUAGCCGUGUUGGUUGGUGUAAUAGCAAACAGAUGACUAAUACAAAUCUUUUGUCAAAUUCUUCAUGAAGACACCUGUGAGCAUGAGUACAAGCUUUUUUCAGUGGUUUGUGCAGUAGUUUACUUCAGCCUGUAACAACUGUUUGUAAAUAUUAAAUUUAUGCAUUUUUAUUAAAGCUGCAGACAUGAA